UGUUUUGUCAUGGAAAAGGUUCGACCUUGCAUACUUUCAACCACCAAACCCACACUGGAGCAAUAAAAGUCAGAGAUAUUGAGAAAACCGUCCACAAUGAUCAAAGCGUAGAGUCAGACAGAAAAGAUCGAUCACAACGAUGAAAACGAUGAAGAAAUUUGUCCCUUUGGUGAUGUGCGCCUUGCUUUUCUCCAUUCUCGCUGUCUCGGCAUCUUCACGCACCUUUGGUCCAGACGAGUGCUGCUUUAAUUUCAUCUCCAAACGUCUGGAUAAGAACAAGGUGGUGAGCUUCAAGCGCACAAACACAAUGUGUUCCAAAGACGCCGUAGUCUUCAAGAUGCUUAAUGGCGUUGAAAUUUGUGCCGAACUGGCGCAGCCGUGGGUACAGAAAAUCAUCAAGGCCAAAACCAAGGUCCAAACUGCUAUGGCGAAGAAUCGUGGAUCUGGACCCAGUGCCGAGCAGUCUGACUGAUCCACCUGCACUCUGUGCAAAAAGCCACCUAACAGAGCUUCUAUCACACAUUUCUCUAUUUCUUCUGUCUCAAAUAUUAAAAUGAAACAUAUAAUUACUCAGAUCUUUUAAUAAUAUAAUGCACUUGAUGGCUUGGGUGGUGUACUGAAAGAUCAGCUCUGUCUUUGUUGUUUCAGAUACAAUAAAGCAUUUGUGUGUGA